AUGGUCGACUUCAAAGCCUUGACCGAAAAGCACAAUGUGGCUCACAAGCUGUACAAGAGCUCCCUGCUCAACACCGUCUGUCUUGUCGCCGGCCUAUCCAUUUUCUUUUUUGGUUACGAUCAAGGUCUGAUGGGCGGUGUCAAUACGACGAGAAACUAUGCCGAAACAAUGGGUUUUGGCCACUGGGACGAGGAGCAAGGCAUCGUUGUCGUUGAUAAGCCGCUGCUACAGGGUGGUAUUGUUGCUGUCUACUAUCUUCCUGGUACUCUCGCAGGCUGCCUGCUUGGUGGCUGGAUGGGUGAUCGUUAUGGCCGCAUCACCACCAUAGGUCUUGCCUGUAUUUGGUGCAUCUUUGCCGCAGCACUUCAAUCUGCUGCUCAGAAUGCGAGUUGGAUGUUCUGCGCCCGCGUGCUCAAUGGCAUUGGCACCGGCAUCCUCAACGCCAUCACGCCUGUAUGGGCGACGGAGACUGCUUCUCACACCUCUCGCGGCCAAUUUGUUGCUUUUGAGUUUACUCUGAACAUUUUUGGUGUUGUUGUAGCCUACUGGCUCGAAUUUGGCACUUCCAAGUAUCAUGACCCCGAAUCGUCCUUUAUUUGGCGCUUCCCCGUUGCUUUCCAGAUUUUACCCCUUAUUGUGCUCCUCGCUGUGAUUUGGUUCAUGCCCGAAUCGCCUCGCUGGCUUGUCAAAGUAGGACGCGAGGAAGAAGCCCGCUUCAUUCUCGGCCGCCUACGUGGUAACGAGGGAGAGGAGGGCGAGGCAGCCGAAGCGGAGCUCCAGGACAUCAUCAGCAUCAAGAAUCUUGAAAAUGAUACCUCUGAGCAGCAGAGCUAUUUUCACAUGUUCUUUGGUAUUGGGUCUGGAAAGCUGCACACCGGCCGUCGCGUACAGCUUGUUAUUUGGCUACAGAUUCUCCAAGAAUGGAUUGGUAUUGCAGGAAUCACCAUCUACGGGCCUCAAAUCUUUACCAUCGCUGGCAUUGGGGCCUCUGAUCGUCUUUGGGUCAGCGGCGUCAACAACAUCACAUACAUGUUCGCCACUCUUAUUUGUGUAUUUACACUCGAUCGGAUCGGUCGCCGUUGGACGCUGUAUUGGGGUGCUGUUGGCCAAGGCAUCUGCAUGUUCGCCGGCGGCGGCCUAGCUCGCGCCACCAUCAACGCCUCGGACUCGAACCGCGGGCAAAUCGGCGGCGCCGCAACCUUUUUCGUAUUUCUCUACACUGCUAUAUUCGGCGCCACUUGGCUCACCGUGCCAUGGCUUUACCCCGCUGAAAUCUUCCCUUUGCAAGUGCGAGCCAAGGGCAACGCUUGGGGCGUCGUCGGCUGGUCGAUAGGCAACGGUUGGUGUGUCCUCCUGUUGCCCACCAUCUUUGACAAGCUCAAGGAGAAGACACUUUACAUAUUCGGUGCCGUCAACGUUGUCAGCAUCGUCGCCGUCUGGGCGCUGUACCCCGAGUCCAACCAGCGUACGCUGGAGGAGAUGGAUCUUGUGUUUGCCAGCGACAGCAUCUGGACGUGGGAUGCGGAGCGCAACUUUGCCAAGCUCAAGGCUGAGAAUCCGGACCUCAUCAAGAGUCACAAGGACACGCGUGGCGCGAAUGACCUGGAGCGCGGCAUCUUUGCGUCGCGACGGGCGAGUAAAGCCUCAGCGACACCACCCAGCGUUGACAAAGAGACCACAGUCGAGAACGUCGAAAAUUCGAGCAGGCCUCAUCCUUGA